UUUUCUUCAGAAAUCUGGAGGUCUCAAAGAUUCGUCUCGGCAAUAAAUUCAUCAUGUGGAGCCAAAGCGACACUAGUGCGGGUCACCACCACUCGCUAGCCAACGAAUUUCUCUGCCCAGGAGACAAGAAUCUGUCAAUCAUCGCACAGUGAAAUGGCGAGCGUAGCGAUAACAAUGGCGAUGGUGGCCUCGCAGUUCUUGGAAGUCGGCUUGAACACUCUGGUCAAGGCGGCCACCACCAAUGGCAUGAGCAAAUUCGUGUUCGUUGUGUAUUCCAACGCCUUAGCCCUCUGUUUUCUUCUUACUUCUACCUUCCUUUAUCACAGGAAGGUGGCUCCUCCUCCAAUCUCAAGGUCAAUUAUCUGCAGAAUCUUCCUGGUUAGCUUGCUCAGCUGUGCAGUGCAGACACUGAUGUAUACUGGUAUUCAAUUAAGCUCUCCCACUUUGUCCUCGGCUAUGCUGGAUCUUCUUCCAGCUUUCACCUUCAUCCUCGCCAUUGUUUCCAGGAUGGAAAAUCUGGAUUUGAAGUUACGAAGCAGUCAAGCUAAAUCUAUUGGAACAGUGGUCUCAAUCACAGGAGCAUUAAUUGUGACCCUGUAUAAGGGUCUUCCAAUUACUCCCCAGCCCCUACAAGAGAAGCCACUGAUGAGUUGGGUUUUGCUCUCUCAGAAAUCAAAUUGGCUAUUGGGAGGCUUUCUCCUUUCAAUUUCCAGCUUUUGUCUCUCUCUCUUAAUUGUUGUCCAGGUCUGGAUUCUCAAGGACUACCCCGCAGAGUUAAUGCUCACAACUAUUUGUUGUGGUUUUGUGGUUGUUCUUUCUGCCAUAAUAGCUCUCAUUGCAGAGGGAACUUCAAAAGCUUGGAUCCUCAGACCUGAUAUGGAAUUGGUAGCCAUAUUUUAUUCAGCAAUGUUUAUGAUAUCAAUCCGAAGUGUUGUGUUCGCAUGGGCUACUCGAAAGAAGGGACCAAUUUAUGUGGCCAUGUUUACCCCUUUAGGGAUGGUCAUUGCAAUUGGCAUGGGAGUCAUUUUUCUGAGGGACACUCUUUAUCUGGGAAGCAUAAUAGGAACAGGUAUAAUAGGAAUUGGAUUUUACUCAGUGAUGUGGGGGCUUGCUCAAGAGGACAACAUGGUGAAGGAGAAGGAGAACAAGAACAUGACAUCUUCUACCACAACCCCUUUGCUACAGGAUAAAAGCUUGCAUGUAUAGAAGAGAAACAAGCCAUAGAGAAUGUCAAGUAUGUAUAACAAUAUUAUGUGUAAAUCAGGCUCUAUCACUUGUCACACAUCUGUAAAUUAUAUAAAUCUUUUUUUUUAUUUUGAAAAAUUACUUACUCUUUAGAAUAAAAUAAAAUAAAACACGCUGCAUUUGUGAA